AUGUCUAAUAGAAAUUCAGAAGAAGGGUCAGAUUACGAUAUUCGCCCAGAAGAUAUUUGUCCUGCUGGCGGGAUACAUGAUUAUCAGAGAAAGUGGUUGUUUAGUGACUACAUCUCGGCCUGUUAUUGUUGUCCAUGUUACUGUUUGAGAGAAUUAUGUUGUGGUUGGUUAUAUAGAAAUCCUACGUCCGAUGAUUUUGAUUGCAUCGGAUGCAGGCCUACGGGCGAAAAGCGGUGCUUGAAAUGCAAGCAAACAGAGAACCAAGCCAAGAUGUCGGUUGCUUUGGAGAAUUACGAACAACCGUCAUCAACAAAUACACAAGAUACUAAUCCGUCAAACGUUCCUUCUAUGCCACAGCCGCCUGCUUACGCGCAGACGAGGGAAGAGAAGCGGAAAUAA